UUCCGUGUUCCGCUCACCUGUUACACCUGCGUUACAGCGCAGCCCAGCAUUGGCAGGCGCGACUCCCACAGCUCCGCCGGUGCGCACCUGCUCUCCCGUUUUGCCAUGACCGAGAGAUUUACCGAGUGCGACUUGACAUGCACGUCUCCCGCGACUUCCGUGGAGACUUUAAAAGCCGUGAACCGCCUGAAAAUUGACCCGGAGCAGCCCAUUUUCUCCGUGCUGACCGGCGGCAUGAAGGGCCAGGAGGAGGCUGAGAUCGCGCUGUCCCAUCCGAGCGCCUGUGGCGGCAGCAACAGCAGCGGGGGAGCCACCUCGCCCACGGCCGCCGCCUCCGACACCGAGUCCGGCAUCUUCUCCGUGGAGAGCGAGCUCUGCGCGGAGCACGACUUCGAGCUGGACUGGUUCUGCGGCACCGAGCAGAAGCUCAUCUGUUCCCGCUGCGCCAACGCGGGCCCCUGCCGGGAGCACAGCGUGGCCCCGCUGGCCCGCAGAGUCAGCGCGGUCAGGAACCAGCUGGUGGACGUGUGCGAAAAAAUCCAGCUGCAGGCCCUGAGGAUCGAGAAGUUCAUCCAGCAAACGCUGACGGCCAAAGAGCAAAAGCUGCAGGCGUCGGCGAGCAGGGCGAGGGAGCAAGUGCUCGCCCAGGUCAGCGCCGCGCGCGAGGCCCUGGAGGAGGAGGAGCAGCGCCUCCUGGAGCAGGUGCAGAGGGAGGAGGAGCGGGUGGAGCAGUGCCUCCUCACCCAGAGAGCUCACUGGAACCACGCUCUGACGAGUCUGUCGCAAACGCGCUCCCGCUUGGUGCACACGCUGACGCACGCUGCCGACGCACAGCUGGUGACCAACGUGCAGGAGAUUGCUGAAAGGGUGGAGGAAGCCGAGGGGGUCGGGGAGCCGUGUGAUACCGAUCAGCUCAACCUGAACCCGGCCUGUGCCGACAGCAAGCUGCUGAGGGGCCUCUGGGCGACUGCUCUGCUGCUGGGGCCCAACGCUUACGGAUCCCCGAUGUUAAAGUUUGACGAGCGAACAGUCAGCCCCCUGCUCUCGCUCUCCGAAGACUUACACACUUUGACAUUCCUGCAAAAGAAGCCCCGCCAGUCUCCCCCGUACGACCCGGCCCGCUUCGACUCCUGGCCCAACGCCUUGGGGUCCGUGUCCAUGUCCUCCGGCACCCACAGCUGGGUGGUGGACGUGGGCGAGAGCGGCGCCUUUAAGGUCGGGGUCUGCUACGCCUCCCUGGAGCGCAAAGGCUCAGGGAACGAGGCACGACUGGGCCACAACAGUCAGUCGUGGGUGCUGUCCCACUAUGACAGCGACUACUCCUACUGCCACGCCGGGAAGAAGAUCCCCCUGCAGUUGAUGAAGAGACCCCAGAGGAUCGGCCUGCUUCUGGACUGGCUGAGCCAGACGCUGCUGUUUUAUGAGCCAGACUCGGGCGCCGUGCUGCACUCUGUCACUCAGCCCUUCAGCGCUCCACUGCUGCCGGCAUUUGCUGUGACUCACCGCAGUAUCACCAUACUCCACCGAUGAACUGAAUGCGAGAACACGUGUUAAAAAGACAGCAGGAGGACACGUCUCUGUGUUAUAGAAAUAUAUGAUGUGCAGGUGAACAGGGGUGAAAACUUCCAACCGCGUCAGUUAUUUAUUCCAUUUUAUUUUCAAAUAUCUUUUGUAUUAUUUUUAGUAAUUUUUCAUGGUUAUUACUUUUUUAUAUGUUGAUUAUAGUACAGAGUUGUGCCAUCAAGUAAUUAUUUUGACUGAAACUGAUUGUGAAAGAUUGUUUGUGUUGGUAAUAAGAAAACAGAGCAGAGGUUUAUUCUGUAUUAUGUAAAGCUUCUAAACUUUAUAGAAAACAAAAGUUUUUCUGGUUGAUCCAGAUUGUUGAAAUCACAUAGAAAGUUAACUGUUAUUUUUUUAAUUUCAAUACAAAGUUAAGUUUGCUUGCUGUAUGCUGAGUAAAGUGAUUGUUGCAUGUAAGCGGAAGCUUACUGAGUCACAUUA